CUCCUACAUCUAAAAGUACUCAGUGCCUCAACACAAUAUCUGUAUCAAUAGCACAAUGGCUUCAUUUGCUACCCAUUUCUUCCUCCUCACAAUUACCCUUCUCUUUGUUUCCUGCUUAUCACUACCAAUUGGUGACCUCAAACUCCGUACUGUGUUACCCAUUAGGAAAGACCCAAUAACCAGUCUGUUCUAUACUUCAGUUGGCGUAGGAACUCCUCGACACAACUUUGAUCUAGUCAUUGAUCUUGGAGGACCAAUCCUAUGGUACGACUGCAACAAUCACUACAACUCUUCAACCUACCGUCCUGUCUCUUGUGAUUCUAAAAGUUGCUCGAAUACUGGAGCUGGAUGCACCAGCUGCGAUGGCCCCUUGAAGCCUGGUUGCACAAACAACACAUGUGGUGCCAACAUACUCAACCCCUUAGCUAAUGUUAUUUUUUCUGGAGACACUGGUGAGGAUGUUUUGUUCAUAUCUAGCAGCAUUGUGUCUGUCCUUUCCGGGUGUGCUAGCUCAGAUGCAUUUAAUGACGACCCUCCACUUCUAAAAGGCUUACCCCAAACCAGUAAAGGGAUAUUAGGCCUUGCAAGGACACAACUUGCAUUACCAACACAGCUUUCAUCAUCUGAGCUUCCUCACAAGUUUGCUCUUUGCUUACCAUCAUCAAACAAGAAUGGACUUGGCAACCUCUUCCUUGGUGGGGCACCCGAUUCUCUUCCUCAUCAACCUGCUUUGCUCACCACCCCUUUGAUUAUAAACCCCUUCAGCACAGCUCCUAUCUUUAGCGAAGGUGAUGCCUCUUAUGAAUACUUCAUUGUUGUGAAAUCAAUCAAGAUCGGUGGCGAAGUUCUCGACUUCAAGUCUUCCCUGCUGUCCAUUGACAGCAAAGGAAACGGUGGAACCAAAAUUAUCACAAUGAAUCCCUUCACAGUUUUACAUAGUUCCAUCCACAAACCACUUGUAAGGGACUUUGUGAAGAAGGCUGCUGAUAGAAAAAUAAAGAAAGUGGAAGCAGUCGCACCGUUCGGAGCAUGUUUCGAUCUCAGCACCAUCGGCAAGACCAUUACAGGACUGGACGUGCCCACUAUUGAUCUGGUGCUGCAGGGGGAUGUUGAGUGGACAAUUUAUGGCGGAAAUUCAAUGGUGUUGGUAAAUGAAAAAGUAGCAUGCCUCGGAUUUGUGGAUGGUGGGAAGACGGCAAGGACUGCAGUUGUUAUUGGUGGGCACCAGUUGGAGGACAACCUUGUGGAAUUUGAUUUAGGUUCCUCCAAACUGGGCUUCAGCUCUUCCCUCCUCCUUCAAAAUGCAACAUGUUCCCCUUCAAAGGCUAGUUCCUUUCCCUUUUAACUAGGCCUCGUGAUGAUCGAGUUUACGUUCUAGUAUCGGUAUCGGGUAUCUUCAAUAUACUCACUUGAGAGAGUUGUUCUCAUUUCUCAAGCUUUAUCAUUAGAAUAAAAUUGUUCUAUGUUUCUCUUAAAAAA